AUGACUGCCGAGUAUGAAGCUCUCCAACAUAACCGAACUUGGUCUCUAGUUCCAUACACUGAGGAUAUGACCCUUGUUGGCAAUAAGUGGGGUUUUAAGGUGAAACUGAACUCUAAUGGUAGUGUUCAACGUUACAAAGUAAGGCUUGUUGCCAAAGAAAUCCAUCAAACUCCAGGAAAUGACAAUUCGUUAAUUCAACAAAUAAUCACCAACUUGGAUAGCACGUUUGGUCUUAAAAUUCUUGGUCCUAUUAACUAUUUUCUUGGAAUUUCAGUAGUUCAGACUAGUUAUGGAAUGCUUCUUAAUCAGAGCAAGUACGCUCAGGAAAUUCUACUUAAAUAUGGCAUGACCAACUGCAAUCCUUGCUCUACUCCAAUGAUUCUUGGAUCCAAACUUAGCCUUGAUGAUAGUCAUCUAUUUGAACACCCAUCUAUCUAUAGAAGUCUUAUUGGGGCCUUACAGUACCUCACAAUGACUAGACCUGAUCUCUCUUUUGCGCUUGAAGGGUAUGCCGAUAUUGACUGGGCUAGUAGCUCAUAUGAUCGUAAAUCUACUAGUGGCUAUUGUAUCUUUCUUGGAUCCAACUUGAUUCAAUGGUGCUCCAAAAAACAGCAGGUGGUUGCCUUAUCCUUCACUAAGGCAGAAUACCGUGCCUUGGCACAUGCUUCUACUGAGAUCGCUUGGCUUCAAAACCUAUUUCAGGAGCUCCAUGUCUCUAUUCCAGGCCUUCCUGUUCCCUGGUGUGACAACACAUGCGCUGGAGCUCUUGCUUCCAAUCCCGUUUUCCAUGCUCACACCAAGCACAUCAAAAUUGAUGUGCACUUUGUGUGGGAAAUGGUCCAAACUAAACGCUUAGUUGUCCAGUAUGUUGCUUCCACCUUUCAAGUUGCUAAUAUCUUACCAAACCUCUCUCCAGCUCUCGCUUUCACACUCUUCGCGAUCAACUUCAUCUCUCUAUCUCUUCGAAGUUGA